GCCCUUCGAUUUUCAUUUUGAUUUUCUUCUUCCCGGAAAUCCUCUUCUCAGGUUCCCAUGGGAAUUGGUAGAAGAAUCAGGCCCAACGCAACCAGUUUCGCAGGUGAGCACUUUACCAGACCAAAGGCAACCGAAAGGGCAUUCUGGAUUCGAGCGUGGCUUCCUGUGCAAGCCACCAAGGCGAACAGGUGAGACCUCGGCGGCGGCAAAUUUGAACGUGGACAGUCGAGAUCGUCAGGUCCACUCGUCUGGUGCUCGAGGGCCAGCAUCCAAGCCCAAGAAGAAGGCAGCUGGUCACUUUUGGACGGCACCUCCGGUGAGGUAUGAGUUCAAGAAGAAGGAACUGCUCCAGGUUGGGAACUGGAGUGGAACAGAGCAAUCUGGCAGCUUGCAGAAGGCUAGCUGCUUUGGAGAAUGCCACUUCUACAGACUCCCUGGAUUAUUUCGGGAAGUGACAGAAGCCGUUUUGGAGCACUGCAAGAAGCAGGCGGAAUGGUUUUCUGUUGAUCCAGACUCCGUGGACAAAACGCCAAGCUUUGAAUUCUAUGCGUUUCGAGAUGGAGCAUGGGCUGAUCACGGCAUGAGGGGCCUCCUGGAAGCAAUGAUCGAAGAGCGGCUCCUCCCCUAUGUGCGGCACCGCUAUGGUUGCCGUUUCUGUGCUUUGUCCGAUAUCUUGGUUAGACGCUACCUGCCCGGGGAGCGUCGAACCCAUGCCGUUCAUUUCGAUGGCCAUGCUUAUGUGACAGCUGUGUUGGGUCUUUCUGACCCAGACAGCUACCAGGGUGGUCUGUACAUCCAGCCUGAUGCUCAUGUGGCAUCACGCAUGUACUUCCGCAUAGAGCCAGGAGACAUGCUGGUGCAUUCAUUUGAUUUGCAGCAUGGGGUUCACGUCUGGAAGGGGGCCCGCUACAGCCUUGUCUUCUGGAUUAAAGACUCACUGCAGGCUGUUUGCGACGGAACGACACCGUGGUAUGACCCACUUGCCGCUGAAGGUGAUCCAAGCGCCUUGUACAACCUUGCUCAAAACUACGAGCAUGGUCUAUCUGGUCGCAAGCUGGACUCUGCGAAGGCCCAGGAGUUGUACGAGCGCAGUGCAGCCGCUGGGCACCACUUCGCGCAGAACAAUCUGGGGUUAAUGUAUCGCCGCCUUUACGAUGCUGCAGCCGGAGGUGACCAACUGCAGAGGUCCGUGCACUGGCUCAGAGAAGCCGCAGAAGCGGGCUUCGCCAUGGCCCAGAAAAAUUUGGCGGUCGCAUACGCCAACGGCCAUGGUGUGCGCAAGGACGACACGCAGGCAGCUGUUUGGCUGCGGCGAGCAGCGGAGCAGCUUGAGGUUGAAGCCGCUUACAUGAUGGGCGAGAUGUACCGCCUGGGCAGGGGCGUUCCUGUCGAUCAGUCGGAGGCUGCCAACUGGUACCAGCGAAGUGCGGAAGCUGGCUUCCCCAAGGCCCAAUAUGCGCUGGGAAUGCUUUUCCUCGAUGGUGCUGGCCUCCGGCAAGACCUCCGACAAGCUGAGAUGUGGCUGAAAUUUGCCGCUCGACAGGGACAUGCGGAGGCCAAGAAUAACGUGGCCACAAUGUUUGCCCAGCGUGGUGAGGUGGACGAGGCGUCCAAGAUUUGGGAAGAGCUUGCCCAAAGUGGCGAGCCAAAUGCUCAAUGUAAUCUGGGCAUGGCCUUCCUCCGUGGAGCUGGACGCGAGCAAGAUCUUGAAGAAGCUCAUCGAUGGCUAAGCCUGGCUGCUGCGCAGGGACACCAGAUGGCGGCCCAAGCGUUGGCUUCCCUCUAG